CGCCGGGCUAAUGGUGUAUUUCCCGGUCAGAACGACAGGGGGCAGCAUUGCAUCCGCAGACUCACCGCUGAACCUCCUGCGUGCGAUGGAGAAGAAGCGCGUGGAAUAUUUUCAAUUCUUCUCAUGUCAGGCGCUCAGUGAACUUGACAACCAUUAAAAUUACAGUGAAGGACCCACCAGAAAUCUCGUAGAGUUAUUUGAGCUGUCGUGCCACAUAAUAACGGAUAUAUCUUGCCGGAUCAUGCAUCCUAUAGAAGUGUCGAUCCCGUCUUUUCGAUCGGAGGGCAGUAACGUGGAGAAGGGCUACACGGUUUUUAAGAUCGAGGUGCUCAUGUGUGGUAGACAGCAUACUGUUGAGAAACGAUACAGUGAAUUUUACACUCUACAUAAAAUGCUUAAAAAGAUAAUUAAACCUCCAGAAAUCCCUUCGAAGCAUGUGAGGAACUGGGUGCCCAAGGUUCUUGAUCAGAGGAGACAGGGACUCGAGCUCUAUCUCCAGACUAUAAUCAUGGAAAAUGAGGUUCUUCCAAAGAUAUUCUUGGAUUUCCUCAAUAUCCGCCAUUUCCCGUCACUGCCGAAAACUGAGAGUUGCGGAUCAUUUGAAACUGAAUCCGAGGAAUCAAGUAAACUGACACAUCAACCAGCACUUCUCUUCCUGAGGGAUCCCUAUCUGCUGCCUACCACCAAUGAUACAUUUUCAAAUAUGGUUAUUGAAGGUGUGAUUCGUGGAAUAUUUUACCCAGACUUCCAGCCGAGGUAGAUCUCAGCACUACGGAUGACGUCACAUCAAGUUCACGGAUAAAAAGGGAUCGGUAUUACCAACACUAAAUCACACAGCACCAGUUUAACAGACUCCGUCAUUACAGCCUUAAGAGUGUAGUUUGGCAUCAGCACUAAUUUGUUUUUGUGUCCUGUAUUUGCAGGAAUUGAGAUUUUAGUUGGUCACAAAGUAAACAUUCAUAUCAAGGUUUCGUUUAAGUACCUCCGCAUGUAUUUGCACAUCUGUCCUCAUGUCAUAUGUGAGAUCAGAAGGAUGUCUGAUCCACUGACUGUGUGUUUCUCCAAGUGAGGUGACUUGUGAAAUAAGAUGUUGGAAAAGCCUUGAACUGAACCUUUUCAUUGUUAUGUUAUUGUAUGAACGUUAUUUUCAUUCUUUGUUUUUGAUGUGGCAAUUAUUGAUUACCAGCCAAAUUAGCAAAAAGGGAAGUACUGAAUGAAUCAAACCAGUGUAAAGCCAGUCUUACGUCAUGUUACAGCCCAAAACUGUGAAAAAGAGCUGUUGUUUAAAGUAAAAAACUUGCAUUCUCCACUGUUAACCUGCAGCUAAGUAAACCAUUUUCAGUGGAUUCUCUUCUUUGAAAAUGCAGUUUAGUCUGGACUAAUGUUAGUCUAAUAUUUUUAGAAACUUCACUGAGUAGUAAGAGUGCAUGAACACUAGUUGUAACAGUUUUUCACUACUGUUGGAAGUAGUAAAGAAGAUAAUGCAGUUUGAGAAGUUUAACCUGUUUAAAUGUUAUAAAGCUGAUUUGUUAUGUACCAUUUCAAGCAGUUCUAGAAUUGUUUUCAUUUAGAUGUCUUAAUUCUGCAUAUGGACAAUGUGCCAUUCCAUUAUGUGUGUGUUAUUGUUAACACUUUGGAUUCUCAUGCACUUUAACAAGGGUGAAAAGAUCAGUUGUAAAUGAAUAUCAUUUUAAACCUGACAGCAAUAAAACA